CAGAGGAUUUGUGCAUGAAGAAAACAAUUUGUUCAAUAGUGUUAUUUUUAGCAGCUUUUAAGAACUCUCAUCUUACUGUGUACACCGCUCCUACAGCAUCUAAGACGUAAAAGUCUCCACCUUGUCUAAGCAGCUUUCCUUUUGUUCCCGGGAACUUCAUCGGCUGACCUGGUUCCUGCGCAUCCAGGUCUUCAGAGGUUCUGCACCAGGGAGACAUGGACUUGGGGGCUCAGGCUGCACUGCGGGGCUGCAGUGGGCUUCAGCGGACGGUUCGAGACGUCGCUCAUCGCCCUCAGAGCCCUCGCCUGCGUGUGUGGGUCCUGGUGUCGGUGCAGACCGUGGCCUGAGCAUGGCCUGGGUGAAGUUCCUGCGGAAGCCUGGGGGCAGCCUUGGGAGAGCCUACCAGCCGGGCAGCACACUGUCACUGGCACCCACCAAGGGCCUGCUGAACGAGCCUGGGCAGAACAGCUGCUUCCUCAACAGCGCUGUCCAGGUCUUAUGGCAGUUGGACAUAUUCCGACGAAGCUUACGGGUUCUGACUGGACAUGUUUGUCAGGGAGAAGCCUGCAUAUUUUGUGCACUGAAGACGAUGUUCGCGCAGUUUCAGCACAGCCGGGAGAAAGCCCUGCCCUCCGACAACGUCAGGCAUGCGCUUGCAGAGAGCUUCCGCGAUGCCCAGCGCUUCCAGCUGGGCCUCAUGGACGAUGCCGCCGAGUGCUUCGAGAACAUCCUGGAGCGGAUCCACUUCCACCUGGUGCCGAGCAGAGACGCAGACAUGUGCACCUCCAGGUCCUGCAUAGCCCACCAGAAGUUCGCCAUGACCCUGUAUGAGCAGUGCGUGUGCCGCAGCUGUGGAGCCUCUUCAGAUCCUCUGCCUUUCACGGAGUUCGUGCGGUACAUCUCCACCACAGCCCUCUGCAAUGAAGUUGAGAGAAUGCUGGAGAGGCACGAACGCUUCAGGCCUGAAAUGUUUGCGGAACUGCUGCAAGCAGCCAACACAGCCGGCGACUACAGGAAGUGCCCCAGUAAUUGUGGCCAAAAAAUAAAAAUCCGCCGUGUUUUAAUGAACUGCCCAGAGAUUGUCACGAUCGGUUUGGUCUGGGACUCAGAGCAUUCAGACCUGACUGAGGACGUCGUCCGGAACCUAGCAACACACCUCUAUCUUCCUGGGCUGUUCUACAGGGUCACUGACGAGAGUGCCCGGAGCAGUGAGCUGCACCUGGUGGGCCUGAUCUGCUACGCCAGCCGGCACUACUGUGCCUUCGCCUUCCACACCAAGAGCUCCAAGUGGGUGUUCUUUGAUGAUGCGAAUGUGAAAGAGGUUGGAGCUAGGUGGAAAGACGUGGUCUCCAAAUGCACCCGGGGUCACUUCCAGCCGCUGCUCUUGUUUUACGCCAACCCAGACGGCACGGCAGUUUCCACUGAAGAUGCGCUCAGGCAGGUGGUCACCUGGUCACAUUACAAAUCUGUUGCAGAAAAUAUGGGAUGUGAAAAGUCUACAAUUCGUAAGUCAGCUAGUUGCAAAGAAAAUGAGUGUACCGAUCACGGUCACGGAGAACUGAGAGGAGGUCAGAACCCUCAGAGUGAGGUGUCGUCAUUUAAUCGGAGCCCUGUUCAAGCAAGCGGAGGGAGAGGAGCAGUUAAGCUAAGCCAUGGUGAUCAAAGGGAAAAGGUAAAAGACCUCUCCAGAGAAUGUGCUCUGAGAGCCGUCCAGCAGAGGAGCUUGCUUUCUGCCCAGUGGAAAGCUCUCGAGCAGGCACAGAGGAAGGACACGGCCCGGCACCGAGGUAUGUCUGACGAGGAGCUCUCACAUGUCAAGCCUGGGUCACCACCUGCCUCCAGUGACUUCAGGCGACAGGGCAGCGCUCAGCUCUGCCACAGUCAAGGGAAGGAGCCCUGUAGACAGGAGCGAGCGGCCUCUCAGAGUCGAGCUGCUGGGCAGACAGUGAGUCCCAGCAAGCCCCAGGCGCCUGUUCCAGGAGAGAGAAGAGCCAGCAAGGUCAGCGGUGCUGCGUGUGGCCCAGACAGCAGCCAGAGCUCUCGGGACAGACAUGGUGGCCGGAGCCGGGGCCGAGGGUGGAGGCCCCUGAGGGAGGCCCUGAAUGUGGACAGCGUUUUCAGUGACAGUGGGAAGAGGCAGCACAGCCCACGGCGCAAGGCGGACAUCAGCCAUGGACCCCAGGGGGGCCAGGAGCAGACCUGUGGCAGCUGGUCCAAGCAGAGCACGGAGCAGAAAGGGCUGGUGACCAUCUUCGAGGACGAAGGGAAGCUGGAGACGGGAAGCAGAAGCUCCCUGGACUCUGGCGGGAAGGGAGCAGAGAGCAGGGCAGGCCCUGUGGGGCGCGGGGUUCCUGGUGACGGCUGGCAGGUGCAGAGGACCGAGUCUGGGUAUGAAAGCAGCGACCACGUCAGCAACGGGUCUGCCAGCCUGGACGCGGCAGCUGCCGACGGGGGUGGCCCAGCAGUGGCCAGCGGUGCUGCCGCUGAAGCAGGGACUUGCAGUGACCAGAUCACGAGGAGCAGCCCACAGGCAGGGCAUGCGGACUGUACCUCCCAUCAGAGCAAACGGCACGCAGAAGGUUUUAGAAGAGAACAUAAGGACUUGGAAGCAGGCUGUAAAUCCCGUGAGCUCCACCCAGGACCACAUCUGCAAGUAAAAAGUCAUUUGGUGAAAAGGCCACAUGCCCGUGAAACCAGUGGAAACUGCCUUCCUUCACCUGGCCCCCAAAUACUCAAGGACCACACUGAGCACACCCACCAGUCAGGUCAUCGGGAAUCUGAAAAACCGAAUGGAGGCCGCUUGUCUGAGUGGCUUAGUAGAGAACAUUCUGAGAGGGCAGCUUUGCCCUUUCACCUCGGUGACAGUUCGCCUGGAAAGAGAGUGAACAGUAGUGAAGUGGCCUCCCCGUCUUCAUCCUGUUCUGCACGUUCCAGGGCUGUCGGCCCAAAGCCGGAUGCUGUUCCGCAGCAGACCAGGAUAGAGCCAUGCUACUAUGAGAACUCUCCUUCCACGGGACAUGUGGCUCAGCCAGCCUGCCGAUGUGAUGGUUGCCAGGGGCCAGAACUUCUUUGUCAGCUUCUGCCACCCGCAUUGCCGCCAAAGAAACAUGCUGUUACUACUGUGCCACAGUCGGAGAGGAGUGAGUCUGUGCCUGACGUCAGACUUUCAGGGGUGUUCAGUGGUCCCCCGAGGCCAAGCGCAGUGUCAGAGCCAGGUUCAGAACUCAGUACACAUGCGGACCACCUGAGAUGCAGAGAGACCCUUCAAGUGAAGAUGCGCACGGGCAGCAGAGCCCCCUGCCUGUUCAACACUGCAGCUUGUGGGUUUCGGGCAAACUCAACUACAGUUGCUGAUGCACUCUGCCAGCCAGAACUGGACUCUAGUUCUCCGUGCCCAAGUGAGACCGUCUCAUUAACUACCUAUUUUUCAGUUGACAGCUGCAUGACUGAUACGUACAGACUGAAAUACCAUCAGAGGCCCAAGCUCUGCUUUCCAGAGAAGACUGGCUCUUGUCACAGCCGUUCACCAACUCAGAGUGAUAGAAGCGUAGGACCUGUCACAUGAUGGCCUUGGCCCACCCUGUCCUUCCACAAGUCCAGCAUGCACUGUAGCAGGUACAUGAUGGAGUCCACCAGCUUAUUCUUAGAGGCCAUGAAGAUAUUCCUAGUGACCAAGAAAAUCAAAUCUGUGGCAUUUUAAAAAUCAUAUAUAUACAUACACACACACGAAUAUAAAUAUAAUGUUAAAAUGUUUUGCUCUAUAAUGAUCAAUUAUUGGAUAUUUUGGAAAUUCACUUUGAAUAUCGUGGCAUGCCUUGAAAAAUAGCAAGUCAGGGAAUAUAUAAUACUAUUUGCCAUAUAUAACAGUUGAAUAAAAAUUAGAUUUGUCCCCGUCUAACAUGGCUAGUAGACCCAUAGUAUCAAACUGACCAGUUCCACGGGAACUGCCCGUCUGCAUGCCAGCAGCACAUGGGUUGUCAGGUCAAAGCAGAGUCUGCCUUUAAGAGCACUUUUUGAUGGUAGCCUAAAGGUUUCAUCAGUUUGUUCCCGAUUUCUUCCACGCCUGGGCCCUUCAAGUGUCUUAAAAAAAAAAAAAAUGACCUUGAGUUUUGUAGAAUCUUGGGGAAAAUUGCCUUAAUGAUUAACACUUUUUAAAAUUUCAAGGUCAGGACUAAUUUUUCUCCUUAGAACAUAUAUCUUCAGAGUAUCUGGCUAACGUAAAUAGGCCUUUAACCAUUAUAUGUGUUCGUAAAUAUUAGCCACGAGCUGAGAAGUCAAAAGUGUGAACUUAAGUAUAUCUAUUUAUCUUGUUCCUUUUUUUUUUUUCUUUCUGAUUUUACGUGAAAUGUGAAAGACUUUUAUUUUGGUUACAUUUGCUUUGGGCUGCUAAUAACCAAUGUUAGGAAUUAACCUUGAGUCCUCUUAAUUGGGACUGUCAAACUGCCCAAGUUCUCUUUGCUCCAGUCUUACACUCCUAGGUUGUCAACUCAUUUUACUACGCAGGCUUCCAGGUUAACGUUGUCUUCCAUAUAGAGGGUUUAAUUUUAAUGAAAUGGGUAUCUAAUUUGGGCACCCUUCCAAAAAUUUUUUCUUUCUCAAAUCAUUUUACCCCGGCUACCUUCAUGGAGAGGGCUUUCUUUAAAAAUCAUAGGGAUUUUCAUAUGGUGAACUUAGGAGCGAGAACAACUCCCUUAUCUCCUUAGUUGUCAGUUUAUUUUAUACUAAGCUGAUAACCUGAUUGGGAUUGAGAAUAGUUUUAUAGUGUCUAUUCCAGAGAAUUGAGAAUUUAUAAUUCAGUAAACUAAUAAGUUUAAUAUCUUGUCCAAUUCCAUAAAUUGUGUUAAAUUUUUCCAAAAUGUUAAGUGGUUAAAAUGAAUACUUUUAGAUAAUUGAUUAUAAAAGCUAACCCUAGCCCUUUGACUUUGGCCACCAAGACUGUCUUCUGCCUAUAGAGAACUUCUCACCAUCCUUUUUUACCUUUUUAUAUGCUCUCAAUUUAGAAAUAGUUGAAUAUCAACUCAAAUUUUUAUCAUCUUUUAAGAAAACUUAAGUUUUUAUAAUGGAAGGUUUGUAAGUAAUGUAAGGUUUAUAGAACUGUAUCUGAAAUGUCAGUGUUUUUCAUUGCUGCUUUGAUAAUGUAAAGUACUAAAGAUGGGGGCUUCAAGUAUUUUUUAAUAGCUUUCAAAAACUGUGGGCUCGUAUUAACUUCUAUUUGGUCAAGAUGUUCAGUUUGAAAUAUAUUAACUGAAACAUUUACACUAAUUUCUGAUUUUAUAAGUUAAAUGUACCUUUUCAACAUCCGGUUUAGUUGCAAACAUUAAAUAGCAGUAUCCAAUUUUGCCUUUUAACCUACUAUUCAUUUUUUAAGAAACUUCCCCAUUUGGUACUAAACAAAUCAGAAACCAUUUGGUUUUGUUGAUUCAGCACUCCAAGUAGAUUCAAAACAUACAUACUAUCUAAUCAUUCCCCUGUAAAGUCUCUACUUCUGAGGUGCCUGUUAAUAUUUUUAUAGAUAUUUUCAUGUUAUAACUUUUUAUAAUACAGGCAAGCAUUAUUGAAAUGUUUAGAAUACUUGUCUUCAGAAUUAUAUUUUCAUGUAAAAUCAUUUUCUUUUGGUUCAAAAGUUUUUAAGAUAAAGUGUUUUAAGUUAA